AUGAUUCUUGGCGUUAAAUCAAAAGACGAAGAGGAGGAUGAAGACUUCAUCGAAAAUAUUACGAGAGAUAAUUUUUUAGAAAAAAAUAUGCAACUUAUAUCCGAAUUCGUCGAUAAUCCUCCAAAAUCAACGUAUGCAUUCGUAACCAUUUACUCAAACGAUAUACCACGACACUUCGGAUAUCUCCAGAUGUUAGUUGUUCUGGGUUAUUCUCUAAAAGUGUUUAAUCCAACAAUUGAUCGAGUCGUAAUCUGUCAUGAAGCAUUUAGAAGAGACGCAGCAGUAGUAAAAAUCUUAAAUAAAGCUUGGACUCACGUGUUAUAUCGAUCUCCAAUUAUAUGGCCCGAUGAAUUUGAUCGAGAUCAAGUUAUUAACAAGAAAUGGUUUAAGUUUCAUGCAUGGACGCUCCUACAGUACAAGAAAGUUAUGCUAAUAGGUGCUGAUACGAUGCUUUUAACAGACCCAUCGCCAUUAUUUCGAUGGCAAACACCUUCAUCAUCUUAUUAUUUCUCAGAUUUCAAACUAAAAGACGAAGGUCCCAUGAUAAAUCCAGACUUUAUGCUAAUAGAACCUAAUCUCGACGACUUUUGCCAACUUUUAGAGCAGACUUUGCCUUAUGUUCUAAAUCCUACUAAAGAUCAGCAAAUUUACGGAAGAGAUGAAUCAGCUCCUAUUAAUAUAGUGUUCAGGAGCAGAAUAUCUCUCUUUCCUAUUACUUAUAACCACGAAAAUGGUGGUUACAAACACACAAUUUGCGGAAAUCCUUUAACAGACAAAUUUCAUGAGUUAAGAUGCGCAUUUAUACAUUUUACAGGCGAAGGGAAGCCGUGGAAGAGAUGGUCUUUGUAUGCAGCAAUAUGGACAUGCUUUGCAAGGAUAUUUAAUGAAAGAUUGGAUUUACCUUUCAAAAACAAAGAAAAAAACGAAAAAGUGUCAGAAUCUGUUUACAAACUUUUUUUCUUACAAGCCGAUCAAACAAAAAAAUAUUUUCAAGUCGAAGAAGAUGAAUAUGAUGAAGAUAAUGAGAUAGGAGAUGAUUAUUACCCAGAACCGAUCAGAUCUGGCGCAAGAAGAAAUUUUACGAUGCUAUUCUUGCUUCUGUUCGCUUCUUUAUUGAUAGCAAAGAAGAUUAUAUACAUGCAACACCAUUUCGCUGAGUUAUUAAUGAGAUUGAAGGAUAACGUCAAUCAAUUUAUGAGAAUUGAGUUUAAUCAGUAUUAUAACCAAGAAUUGACAGAAAAUAAAGAACAAAAAUACGCUGAAAAGAAGAGAAAAGCUAGGAAAAGGAAGAUUUAUUAUGAAAAUGCAUAA